AUGUCGAAGACUGAUGUCACUGAGGUGGAGACCACCACUGCCUUGCCCCCGGCGAAGCGCAGCUUUGGUGCUCGUCUGGGUGCGCAUUUCAAGAAGUGGUGGUGGGUGCAUUUGAUCAUCUUCAUCGCCGUUCUGCUGGUCAUCUUGUUGCCAGUAAUCUACGUGGGCUACCCUCGCAUCGCCCAAAACCAAGUCACCGACUCCACCCUCAACAUCACCAGCAUGGUCAUCGCCGACCCAACCCCCGACUCCUUCCACCUAAUGCAAACCCAAGUCAUCGGCUCGCAUAGCUCCUACCACCCCAAGAUCUACUCCUUCCUCGCCUCGGUCUCCCUCCUCGGUUCCGCCCAUGCAUUCACCUCCGUGCAGGUGCCGGAAGUCCAGUCCAAGGAUGGCGCUGAGGUUAAUGUGGAUCAGAUUGUUGAUUUGAGCAAUGCGGAUGCGUUUGGUGACUUUGCGCAGGCGGUUAUGUUGAAUGAGGAUGUUGAGUUGAACAUUUAUGGGAGGCCUGGGUUGAGGGAGGGGUCUUUGCCUAAGACUACGGUUACGUAUAAUAAGACUGUUUCUAUGAAGGGCCUGAACAAGCUCACCGGCUUCGACGUCACCGAAUUCCACAUCAUGACCGAACCCAAGAACGGCCGCAACAUGAACGGCACCGUUUACAUCCCCAAUCCCUCCGUGAUGACCAUCACCAUGGGCAACGUAACCCUCGACCUCUCCAUCGGCGGCACACCAAUGGGCUACACCUACCUCGACAACCUCGUCCUGAAACCCGGCAACAACACCAUCCCCAUGUUCGCCACCGUCAACCAAAGCGCCAUCAUCGGCCUGGUCACUUCCAGCUCGAACCCGUACAAGGAUCUGAACGGUCUCGUGCCCUUCGUUAUCUCGGGUAACUCCAGCGUGUAUAAUGGCAAGCAAUUGCCUUAUUUCACGCAGGCGCUGGCUUCGAAUAAUCUUACGGUUAAUUUGAAUGUUACUAGGGCUUUGGCGGAGUUGGGACUUAAGCUGUGA